ACCACCAGGUGAAGAUUAAGCCGGAUGAUGUGCCAAAGACUGCCUUUCGCACCCGUUAUGGUCAUUAUGAGUUCAUAGUCAUGCCAUUUGGCUUGACAAAUGCCCCUGCCAGAUUUAUGGAUUUGAUGAAUCAGGUGUUUAGCAAGUACCUAGAUCAGUUCGUGGUUGUCUUCAUUGACGACAUUUUGGUCUAUUCUUCUAGCCAUGCUCUUCAUGAAAAGCACUUAAGGACAGUCCUCGAGACGUUGAGAAGGGAGAGGCUGUUUGCUAAAUUCAAGAAGUGUGAAUUUUGCCUAGAUAAUGUUGCAUUCCUAGGUCACGUUGUGACUAAGGAUGGAAGUUCUGUUGACCCCCAGAAAAUUGAGGCCGUGGUUGAUUGGAAAAGGCCGAAUAGUGUUGCAGAAAUCCGUAGUUUUCUGGGAUUGGCUGGUUAUUACCGUCGAUUUGUGGGAGAUUUCUCUAGAAUUGCUCUGCCCAUGACUCGUCUUAUCAGAAAGGACACCAAGUUUGAGUGGACCCCAGAGUGUGAGAAGAGCUUUUUGACCUUGAAGGAGAAGUUGGUCACUGCUCCUGUGCUUGCACUUCCAAUUAAUGGGGAAAAAUUCACUAUAUAUAGUGAUGCCUCUAAAAAGGGUUUGGGAUGUGUCUUGAUGCAAAAAGAUAUGGUUAUUACGUAUGCUUCUCGGCAGUUAAAGCCUUAUGAAGAAAAUUACCCUACCCAUGAUUUGGAGUUGGCAGCCGUGGUAUUUGCACUCAAGAUCUGGAGGCAUUAUCUGUAUGGUGAGACUUGUGAAAUCUUCACUGAUCACAAGAGCCUUAAGUAUAUUUUCACUCAGAAGGAACUCAAUAUGAGGCAGAGGCGAUGGCUUGAACUUUUAAAGGACUACGACUUGACCAUUAGCUACCAUCCGGGCAAGGCUAACAAGGUAGCAGAUGCGUUGAGUAGGAAGUCCUCUGACACUGCCUCUAGCAUCCUUGCCACUCAGAAGGAGUUACUUGAGGAUCUUGUGAAACUGGAUGUGGAGUUGAGAGUGGACAGCACUACAGCUUAUCUAGCUGCUCUUAAGGCACAAUCGGCAUUAAUAGAUAGAAUUAAACUUGCCCAACAAAAAGAUUCCUUCUUGCAGAAGAUGAAGGAAAAAGUAAGAGCCGGGGAACCCUACAUGCAAGAAUUCAGGAUUUCCGAUGAUGAGAUUCUAUGGUUUGGUGACAGGCUGUGUGUACCCAGGGAUCAUGCCUUAAGGCGUGAGAUUAUGGGAGAUGCCCAUUGUACUAGCUAUACAAUUCACCCAGGGAGCACCAAGAUGUAUCGUGAUUUACGUAGUACAUUUUGGUGGCGAAACAUGAAGAGGGAGAUAGCUAGAUUUGUCUCACAAUGCCUGACUUGCCAGAAGGUCAAGGCUGAACAUCAGAGACUUCCUGGAAAACUGCAGCUGUUACCUAUUCCUCAGUGGAAGUGGGAAAACAUCACCAUGGACUUUGUGACUGGAUUACCACGAACCUUAAAGGGUAAUGAUUCCAUUUGGGUCAUCGUGGAUCGAUUGACCAAAUCGGCUCACUUCUUACCCUACCGGACUGGCACCUCCAUUGAAAAGCUUGCUAGUAUGUACAUGGAGGAGGUAGUCAAACUACAUGGAGUCCCUGUGUCUAUUGUGUCAGAUAGAGAUACCAGAUUUUUGUCUCAUUUCUGGACUAGCUUACAGCAGGCACUCGGUACUCAAUUAAAUUUCAGCACGGCCUUUCAUCCUCAAACUGAUGGGCAAUCUGAGAGAACUAUUCAGAUACUUGAGGACAUGUUGAGGGCUUGUGUUCUAGAUUGGAAGGGUUCAUGGGAUCAACACUUAUCCAUGGCUGAAUUUGCAUAUAACAAUAGUUAUCAGUCCAGCAUCCGCAUGGCACCGUUUGAAGCUUUGUAUGGUCGAAGGUGUAGAUCACCUGUUUGUUGGACAGAAGUGGGCGAAAGGAGCAUUUUAGGCCCAUAAUUGGUGCAACAAUCUUCUGAGAUUGUGCAGUUGAUCAAGGAACGCCUUCGUGCUGCACAAAGCAGGCAGAAAAGCUAUGCGGAUAGAAGGAGACGAGACCUUGAGUUUGAAGU